UGUAUUGUGAUUUGUGAUAGUCUAAUAUUCUUUGCGCGUUAAUUUCAAUUAUUAAUACUUGAUAAAAGGAUUUCGACUAUUUGCGUGUUAAUUAUCUUUACAAUGAAAAGAGGAUAUAAGGUGACCGAUGUAAAAAGAGAAAAAAAAAUUGGUAUCGCUGCUGAAAAUUUACAAGAAUUAAUUGAGAAAUCAUGCAGAAAGUUGGGGUUCAAUGCCAGUUGCGCAGAAUGCCGUUUAUAUGUAGCAGAAGACGGGACGCUCGUAGAUGACGACGACUACUUGAAAACUUUACCACCACAGACACUUUUUAUUCUAUUGCUGAAAAAAGAGACAAUGGUAAAUGACUUUGAUUUCUUCUACAAUAUGAUUAGAUCUUCUAAGAAAGAUUUUAUUGAUACUGGCCUUGCAGCUAAAGAGUUUCUUGAUACCAAUUUGCGAGAGAAGUUUUUGGUACUGCAGAGAUAUAUUGAAGCUGCUGAUGAUAAUAAAACCAUGUUAAGUGAGAGAAAUCAGGAUCCACAUUGGUUUGAAGGUCUUGAACCAUCAGAGAAAACUAAGGAGCAAUCUAUGUCUAAAAGGGUUAAAGAAAGAAUGAGAGGAUAUUACUACAAGACAAAAACUGCAUUACAAUCUUCAGAAUUAUAUGUUCAUUCAAAAAACGGCCAUGGUAAGGGUCUUGUUGAUAAUUUUCUUUUAGAAUUACGGAAAUUAUUGGAAAGUAAUAAAUAUAAUGAAGGUUAUUUCAAUAGAAAGUGUGAAAAUAAUUUAAGAUUAUGUAACAAGACCGGCCUCUUUUUAUGUGGUGGACUCUGGAAUAAUAGUAAGUGCAAAUAUGAAAAUGAACAUAUCAUAAACCCUUAUAGAAGUCGUGAAGAACGUAUAAUUUUUCAGACAUGGAACUUGGAUCACAGAAUUGAGCUAUCUAGAUCUAUUAUACCAGCAAUUAUUCAAGCAUUGAAUAACAUUUAUUAUGGCAAUAUUAAUUGCAUAGGCUGUAAACAAAAUAUUAACUGUGGUGACAUAAAUACAGAGCGGUAUUAUCUGCAGAUAUUUACACAUGAAAAUUUAAAACUAGUGCAUAUUGUAUGCCACUAUAAAGGUAAACAUGAUGCUCCAUCAAAUAUAUACACACUGUGCCAGGAGUGUCUUGAUCAGAAAAGUAUUAAAAAAUCAAUUCAGUCUAAAUAAUAUGCUAAAAAAUGUAAUAUUUAUAUCAACAUUAAUGAGUUAGAAUUUUUCUCUAGUACUACUCAUUGAAACUUUCUAUAGGGUUGACAUGUUUGCCUAUUCAAUUGUGUUCAUGUUUGAAAAUAACAUUUCAAAUUUCUCAAUAAUUCAGUAUUUAAAAACCAUAGUGGUUUCUAUUUUUAAACAAUUCGUUAUUUAAAAAUAUGACUGGUUUAUGAAAGCCAAGGUUAUAGUUAGCAUCUGUUUCAGAAAAGAACCAAAAAUAAGUAUCCCAAAUUAGAAUUAGAGUUCUUAUUAUCAAAAAACUGUGCUGUAAUCUGAAUAGAGGUUUAAUAUGCCAAUGGUCUAUAAAACAAAGCUUUAUUUUUCUUUUAUACAUUUUCUGUAGUUUAAUAUCCACAUAUUAGAUACAAUACUGCCAUUAUAUUUUAGUCAGUAAAAAAGGGAAAAAAAUAUUAAUAUAUUGAUUCAAAUCAUCUAUA